AAAUAUAAUAUGCUCGGAACAAUUUUGCUUAUACUGAUUUUCCAGAAGUGUUCAUUAUCGUACAACAAAAUCUGCUUUUAUCGUGAAGAUGAAGGUUCUGGAAAUCACCCACUGGAAAAGUAUUAUUAUAAUGCGACUAUUGGAGAGUGUAUGACAUUCAUCUACCUUGGAUAUGGAGGAAACGAUAAUAACUUUUAUGCAAAAGACGUAUGUGAACAAACGUGUAAAUCAAGUGGUAAAUUCGAUAGACGCAACUGCCAUGAACCUUGCCUUCGAAAAGAAUGCUAUGAUAAUCACAACCACUACUACUAUGAUACACAAUUGAGGAAAUGUGUACCCUUUGGAUGGACCGG